UUGAGAACGAAGGAAACAAUGGACAAAGGCGAAGCCACCAUUGAAACAGGAGCAACAAAAUCCAGUGAAGGCCGUGAAAGCAAGAUUGGAAGAGUUCAAGCAGUAGGAUAUCACAUCCCACAAGAUAUAGUUGCUGAAAUUCUUGCCAAACUCCCAGCGAAGUCUCUCAUGCGAUUCAGGUGCGUUUGCAAGACAUGGUCUUCCUUGAUUAGAGAUCCUUUCUUUGUUAAGUUGCACCAGAACCAAUCCUUGAAUAAACCUUGCAAAACCGGACUCCUCAUGUCCACAAAGCAUCAACUAUUCAACAGCCACUUUGUCUUCGCUGACCAUGAAGGAAAACAAGCCCUCGAAGAAGACACAAUCUCCAUACCAAAAUCUUCUAACGUUUUGGGGAUUGCAAACGGUUUAGCAUGCAUCGUUAACGAUAAACACCGUAUCUCAGUCUAUAAUCUUAGCACCCGUGAAAGUACAACCAUUCCUCCGCCUCCGCAGGAGAUAAGAUUUCAAGACCGUCUUUCCUUCGGGUUUGAUCCUUUGGCUAAUGAGUACAAGAUAGUGAAGUUUUGUGCUCAUGACAAAGAGCAAUUUGAGAUCUUCACGUUGGGGGCAGAAAGGUGGAGAAGAAUAAAUAGGAAGCAUUAUAAUUUUUAUGGGGGCGCGAAGUGGUAUGAUUUUAAGGAAGCCAUAUGUGUCAAUGGAGUUAUAUAUUGGAUGGUAAAAUCUAUGGCGGAAUCGUUGAAGAUUAAUCUACAUUCGUUUGACGUUCAUGGCGAGAAGUUUCAACAAGUUGCUGUCCCAGGCAAUGGCUUAUGCUUGUUUAGUGAUCUAAUACAAAUCGAAGGCUGUCUAGCAGUAAUUCAAGAUUCAGAGUGUGGAAAUAAAUUUAAACUGAAGAUGCUACAAGACUAUCAUAACAACGUUUGGACCCAUAAGAUUAUAGACAUUCCACUAAGUCCGAAAGAUGUUCGAUAUCCUACUUUGGCUGGAACUCUAGGAACUGGUGAGAUCUUGAUUCUGGACGAUCACUUCUCUGGGUGUUUUAGGCUUUUUUAUAGUGAUAUGGGGAGUAAGAGAUUACGAAGCGCAAAGAUUGCCUUGCCAUCUUUCUUUGGUGAGAACAAAUGGAAAAGAUAUUAUGCGAAUCAUUACUCGCAAACAGGAGAAAAUAAUGGGAGUUGGCUCUACAGUGCAAGUAUUUUUAGCUUUCAUCAUGUGGAGAACAUCUUGCCAUUGAAAGAAGACGGCCAGUACGGCUUUAUUUGAA